UAGCAAGGGGGAUCACUUUGUGUGAUUUAUCCGAAUCAGCACACAUCAACAACAACGUCCGAAUUUUGUUAGUUACUGUUUAUAAGUCAGACUGACUAUGAUCAAAAUGUAUUUUCUUUAAACAGCAAAAUCACAAAGUUAAUGUCUUUUGACAGAAACUUAUGAAAUGGCAGGGAGUGAAUGCGCUUUGGUUCGACAUUUUGUGAGCAAGGCACCAGCAGCUGUGUACUACAUACCUGAGUUCAUAACUCCGCAAGAAGAGACCUAUCUGUUGAAUCAAGUAUAUGGAGUACCACAAACCAAAUGGACACAGCUGUCUAACAGACGAUUGCAAAACUGGGGUGGUUUGCCCCACCCAAAAGGUAUGGUUUUGGAGGACCUACCACAGUGGUUAAAGACCUACGCGGACCAGAUAGCCAAAUUGGAAGUAUUUGAGGGAAAAGUGCCAAAUCAUGUACUGGUUAACGAGUAUGAAGCAGGCCAGGGCAUCAUGCCCCACGUGGAUGGUCCGCUGUAUUUCCCAGUUGUGUCCACAAUCAGUCUAGGAUCUCACACACUUCUUGAUUUCUAUGCUCCAAUGCCCAUUGAGGAUGCAGUUCAUGUUUCACAGGCAGCAUCUACGUCUUUUGAAGAUCGUUUUAUGUGUUCGAUAUUACUGCAACCUCGUAGCCUCGUUCUCGUUUGUGAAGACAUGUACAAGGUGUAUCUUCACGGUAUUGUUGAGAGGAAGGCAGACACCGUCACGCAUGACGUGGCAAAUUUAGAGAAGUGUCAAGGAUUGACUAUGGGCGAUUGUUUGGAUAGGGCAAGAAGAGUCUCUCUGACUAUAAGACACGUUCCAAAGACUGUGAAAGCAAAAUUAUUGUUUGGCACCAAAAGGUGAUGUGAUGUUAUCACCAUGACAACCAGUUAACUACUGUAGAUCUUGAUCUGAUGAGCAUUUGGAUUUCAUUUCAGCUGCCAGUGGGUGCAGGCAUGUACAAUCAGGGCUUGCUGUGUUAUACAAUACACAUAAUGUGAUGUACACAGUGAAUUGUUGUGAUGUAAACUGUUUUGUAUGUAUUAUUUCCAGCACAUGUAUGGGUAACUUCAUAUGGCUAAAAUGGUGCCCAUGUUUAUUAUGUAUUUUAUGUUAAAUUGUUACAUUGUCUUUGUUCUAAUAGUUUAAGUAACUUACUGACUUAUUGUAAGAAAGAAUACAUUCAGUCUUUGGCGGA